AUGGCAAACACAGAGAGGAAAUCAAAAAAACGUAACUUCACUCAAUGUGAAGUAGAAGUUAUCGUUGGCGAGGUGGAAAAGAGGAGAAAAAUGUUGUUUGGAGGGCACAGUGUGGGCAUUACUAAUGCCAAAAAGGCACUUGAGUGGCAAACGGUGGCAGACGCCGUAAAUGCUGUAGCCUCACAACCUCGGACCGUGGCCGAAAUAAAAAAGAAAUGGUCGGACAUCAAAGUCGAGGCAAAAAAACGUCUAGCGCUCCAUCGCCAGAGUGUGUCUGCCACGGGUGGGGGAAAGGGGACACCGGAGCUGACCCCUCUUGAUGAGAGACUGGCGGCAAUUAUUGGGGAAUCCCUAUUAAGUGGAGUGGUGACUGAGGCGGAGGGGGACACUGACGCGCCAGAUGCACCGGGUGACACAGUUGCUGGGUGUUCCAGCGGGGCCAGUGGUUACGAUGCUGCAGCUGAGCAGCCGUCUGGACCCAGCGUCUCCACGGCACGCGGCUCUCAACCCUCCAGCAGUGGACGUGUCCUCACCGAUGCAGUCCUUGAAAUGCAGAGGGAAGUCAUUAGUUCAAUCAGAGAGGUGGCCAAGGAGUUGGGCGAAAUCAAGACUGCCCUGACUGAAAUAAACUGCACGAUGAGGGAAUUCUUGAAUAAAUAAUAUUUUCCA